UGUGGACGGCGAGUGUGUGUGGAUAACUUACAACUUACGCCCGGAGCUCUGCACAAGGGCAAUUUGCAACCCCUUCGCAACAUUCCUGUCUGAUGGUGCCCUGACGUGCCAAGGAUUGAGAACGCCUUCUGUCGUUUGCCGGAGCAGAUGUGACCAAGGGAUGGCGAUGGGCAAGGUGUCCGGCGUCCCCAUGGCCGAGGACGCGCCCCCCGACCUGCUGGCCGGAGGCAUGGACCUGCGCGUCGUGCUGCCCUGCGGCUCUGUGGCGCGCUGCAACGUGGACCGGAGCACGCCCAUGAUGGACCUGCUGGUGCAGCUCGCCAAGGUCCACCGCAUCUCCCCCGCCGCGCACACGCUGCAGCCCUUCGGCAUGAAGAACACGCCCCUGCAGUCGCAGCCCAGCACGCCGAUAGGAGCGCUUGACGUGUUCACCGUGAAGAUUGUGCCAAAGGCGAGGCCGCUGGCGCCGCUAAGCAAGCGGACCGCCCCACGGCCCACGCCCGCCCAGCCCUUCGAGCAGACCUUCAGGCUGCAGGUGAGCGCCGACGACGCUGAGGAGAGGAGGAGGAGGGUGGCUGUGGCUACUGGCAGGAGUCUUGGGUGUGCCGACGACGACGACGCUGACCCUCUCGCUCCCAUCGCUGCCCCUCAGGUGCACCUGCCGCGGAACCAGCUGUACGUGACGCGGGCCAGCCGGGCGACGGUGCUGGGCGACAUCCGCCACCUGGCCUGCACCGAGAAGAACCUGGACCCCCUCAAGUACGAGCUACGUCACCCGGCCAACCCGGACCAGCGUCUCGACCCGGACUCGACGCUCGGCGAGUGCGGCCUGACUGAGGUGGCCCUGGUGGCCGCCGGCGGCAGACUCGGCCUGGGGCUCAGCCAGCCCUUGCCGGACAUCAUGGCCCUCAGGAGGCAGGAGGACAGGCGCAGGGAGGCCGCCAAGGCGGGUCAGUUCGGCUACCUCACAUCGCAUUCGAUGGCGGAGGGCAGCGUGAGCAGCGCGAGCAGCGGCAGCCUGGGCGGCCGCUCCACCUCGCCGGCGCCGUCGGACGGCGAGCGGUCCACGUCGCCGCCGGCCAUCCAGCCGCUGCAGCAGCUGCAGCCCCCCAGCCGGCCGGGGCGCAAGCGCAGGCCCGCCCCCAAGCCGCCCGUCGGCGCGCCGCCCCCUGCCGCCGCCGCCAACAACAACACCACCACGACGGAGAUGAACAACAACAUCAACAAGGAGGUGAUCGCGUCGGGCGGCACCGUCAUCUCGCACUCGCGCAACAGCUCGGACAGCAGCGGCUACCACGAGGCCUCGGUGCUGAGCGAGAGCCCCGAGGGGCAGCACGACGGCCUGCAGGGGCUGCGCCAGCACCAGCACCAGGGCGGCGGCGGCGGCGGUGGCGGCGCCAAGCUGCAGUCGUGCGUCUCGCAGCCCAACCUCAACAGCCUGAGCCUGUCGCGCUCCAUGACCAACCUGAGCGUCCAGCAGCAGCAGCUGUGCGUGCGCGGCAACCGCAACCGCAACAGCAUUGCCGUGACGGGCCAGCUCGACCACGACGCGCACGACGGCAUGGGGCGCGUGCCGGGCGCGUACCGCGCCUGCACCAGCUCGCUGGCCACGGCGGGCCAGAGGAAGAAGAAGGCUCCUCCGCCACCCCCGCCGGCCGCCCCCGCUGCCCCCAAGCCCCGCCCCGCAGCUGAUGGCUCUUCUGCACCCGCCACACCCGCUGCACCCGCCGCCCCCGCGGACCCGUUCCUCAAGACCCAGUCGCUGGAGCGGCAGACCUCCGUGGUCGAGUCCCCCGAUGUGGCCCCGCAGCUGCGACCCGGGCUCACCAAGUCCAGCACGCUCCCCAGCUCCUUGUCGUCCGCCACCUCCCCGGUCGCCGCCACCGCUGACGCUUUCCCUCCCGUAGGCUCGCUGAGCUCGGCCUCCGCCACUGGCUCCAGUAGCAGCUGCCCCACCCCCACCCCAUCCGAGCAGUCGGUGCACUUGUCAGAGAACACCCCUCCCAAGGUCGCCCCUCGCCCUGCACAGCGCACACCACCGUGUAUUCCAGCCCCUGCUCCGAGACCCCGCGCGCGCAAACCGAUUGCCCCGACACCCGCUGCGAGCCCUACGAGGCCAGCGCCUCCGUGUCCGCCAGCAGAGCACCCCGCCGUCGCACCACCCCAGUCGACUGGCACCGGCUCACCGACUCGGUCACCAUCACCACUAGAUGACACGGACAGCGUGCCGGAAGCCAGCUCGUCGGUGUCUGAUGAUCAGUCACACAAUCGGGAUGCCUCGGAGGGUGAAGGGAUUGUACAGCCCGAACUAGUUGCUGAUGCAAAUAGUUUAGAGGUGGAGGCUCCUACGUCUGCUGUGAGAGAUGUGGUCCCAGACAAAGAACAGCAGACAACAUUUGUUGAUGGUGAAGAUGCUGACAGUGAUCUAGGCACUGCUGAAGACUUAUCCCCCCCACGAAGUGAUUUCCAUGAUGAUGAGAGUUCACUAGAACAGAAUAUGCAAGUUAAUGAUGAUAAAGUAGACAAAGAGAGUGAAAGGGACUCUCCCGUUGAAAAGUGCCAGACAGUUGUCGUAUCAGAAGAGAUCACAGAACUGAGAGAUGUAACUAAAGAAUCAAUAGAAAAACUAGAUUGCAAACAGCUUGAGAGCCCUUCUGCCACGUCACAAUCACAAGGAAUUUCAGAAGAGGAGUGGGAGUACAGACUUCCAUCGCCUCCAUCAGCAUUUAGAGAUUCUCGUUCCCACUCUCCCACUGUCACUGAUGUUGAUUCUGUAAAUCUUGCAGAGACCAACCUUAGUAGCUCUGCUAGUUUACCUGGAUGGGAAGAAAAGAUAGAAAAUAAGUCAUGUGAAAAGAAGGAGUCAGUUGUCCUCACUGGACAUGAUGAGCCAGAAUGUGAUGAAGUUAAAACACAACCACCCAGUGAAGCAGUACCUUCUGAUACUAGUAUAGAUAUUAAUAUGGAUCACAAGAAGGAGGAAGUAUCUGAACCUGAAGUACCCACCUCUUCCUGCUCACCAGCCAACACUCCAACGAAUGAAACUGUGAUAAACACAGCACAGCCUGUGAUUCAUUCAAUGAAUGUGCCAAAUGAAUCUAAGAAGAACAAGUUAGAGGGUUCUGCCGCUGUUUUAGAUGAGCUUAAUAAAGUGUUAUCCGAACAGCGCAGUAGCAUUCUGUCCACGCAGCAAUCUGUGCCAAGUCAUUUGGAACUGACUCAGCAAUCAGGACACCAACCAGCACCGAUUGAAAAUUUCUCCAUGGCAGUUUAUUCAAGGCCUACUUCAGCUGAGGGUAUGCCUCCUCCUGAAGUCAGACCCUCACUUGUUUUAGCUAGAAGAUCUUCGUUCAGUAAUAGCAAUGGAAGCCUGAAUACGAUACCAAGACCAAUUGGAUCAGGAGUGCGAAGAACAACUUCUCAUGCCACAUUAGUUGGAGGAAGACGGGAAGUCAAUGGAGUUAGUGACCAUUCCCCAUCUGUAGGUAAUUUAAGGUCAACUGAAGAAAAUAGGAAAACUGCUACAGCUAGCCAUAGACAAGAAAAUCAAUCCCUUGGGAGAGCUGUUAGCGAACUGAAUCUUUGUGCAGGUUUUCCAUUGUCUCCUUUAGAACCAGAACUGUUAAAGGAGUUCAUGGAAUGGAGACAGCAAAGGCAAAAAGAUCAAGAAGAAAAAGAAAAACAGCAAAAGGUCAACCCUUCCCCAGAUUUACAGUCACCUCAGAUGCUUCGUAACAUCAUGAGCCAGUCACAAGAUGAUAUCAGUGGUAAAAUUGAAGUUGAGAGGGAAAAAGAAAAUUCGAAUCCUGUGAGAGCAAGCAGUAACACCUCAGAAAGUACACAGAAGAAAGAGACUGAAAAAAAAUCUAUUGAAGAAUUACCCAAACCUGAAGUGCAAGAGCCUGUUAAGCGUUUUGUUCCACCUUCUAUACAGCUGUCCACUUGGAGUGAGCGACCAAAACGUCAAGUUAGCAUCAAAUCGGAUCGAGAUUACUGGGUUGGAGUUGGAGCAGCUGCCUUACGAACCACUCAACGCUCCAUAGAUGUAGUGGAUAGUUCUGAUCAAAAAACUCUUUCUCACAGUCAAACUAUUAGUUCUACUGUUGAAGAACAAAAGAAUACUGCUCCAACAUCUGGGACAACAGUUCAAAGAUUAUCAAGACAGUACAUUGUUCACACGACGCCUUCAGGAUUUAGGCGUCCUGCAGAGCAAACUGCUGUUGAAAAUGGUGUUGUUACUGCACCAUCUCUUGGAAAACCUCAGUUAAACAAGACAUCACCACCUGCUGAACCUAAAAUUGCUAAAUCUCAAAAAUUGGUCAGUUCAGUUUCAACUGGAGCAUUGCCAGACAGAUUUGAAAGGGCGAGAGAGGGCUUGCACCACCUUUCAUCUCUUCCAGAAACACAAUCAAUUGAAGUCCCAGUUACUUCAAAAAGUGAUCCCUCACGAGUUCCCAUUGUUAGAGCAGUUGAACUUAAGAAGACUGUGUCUUCUGACUUCAGGAAGCCUUUGAUACGCCAAAAUGCAACUGCUACUUCUCCAAAUAGUAGUGUUGUGUAUUUUUCAUCAGGCCCUGUUGCAACAAGCUCAGUAACUGCCAAUGGAAGCUCUGUGAAUAUAAGUUCGGUAAAGCCAUCACCACCUGUCAAGAAAUUUACAUCUGUUGUUGAUAUCAGUGGACCUUCAAAUGAGAAGAUUGUGAGUGGCUCCUCAGAGACCCAACCUCUGUCAACGAUUAAGCCAAGUGUCCAUGUUAAUGGGUUCUCUUCGCACUCUGAGCCAAAGAAAAAUUUGCCAAUGCCUGUUGUCAAGGGCUUCAAACUUGCUCAAGGUGUGGUGAAUCGUCAGUUGUCAGCCCCUGCGGCCACUCCUGCACCACCCACCCCUGCCCCCGUCCCUGUGCCACCCCCUGCUCCAGUCAUGCCCGUGCUCAAAAAGGUACCACGACCGUCCUCUCUGCCUCCCCGUGUGCAGGACCCACGUGACCAGUUAUUGGAUGCUAUCCGCAACUUUGGAGGUCGAACCAAACUCCGACCGACUACCUGAAAACAACAGAUGGACUGAGUCAGUAUGCUUUUUCUGCCUGUCAAGAGAUGGUGUCUCAUUGAAGUCAUAAGUCAGAACUAUGUAGUCUAAUUUUGUAGAAUAGUGUAUGUAGUAUUUAACAAUUAUGUACAGGUUGAAAAAUAUACAUGAAUAUUUGUGUAAAAAAAUGUAUGCAUGUGCAGUAUAAAAUGUUACAUUUCUGUUAAAUUUAUUCUAAUUGUAUGUAGUGUAAAUACUAAGAUAUACCUGCCUUCCUCUGCUCAAUUAUCGUUACUGUAAUUCACAACGAAAGGGUGUAGUGCCGUAAUUUAUAUAGUGCAAUAUCUAAUAUCAAUUAGUUAAAAUCUAGUGAGGUGUCUUCCCUCAGUCAGUCAUUUAGAUGCAUAUUGAGCUGAAUAGUAGUUUCUUUGGAGUGUGUGCCAGUUUGGCCUGGGUUUUCAGGGUAAUUCAUGAAAGCUGAUAAGAUUUUGAAUGAGCUACAUUCAUAGAACUGUUGAUGUGAUGUCCUCAGUUUAUGUAAUCAUGAAAUUCAUUGUAAGACCAAGUGUACCUACCACUAAUAAAUAGGGUAAUGUUAAA